UGAGUUCAAUAGGGAUAGGGGUUAGUAAUAGUGUUCUGUGUUCAUGAUUUAAUAAAUAUUUUUAUUCUAUCUUUAUCUUUAAAGCCUUCAAUUUAUUAUAUGCAAUGUAAAACUAAAAAGAAACCAUAUCCACGAAAAGUUUUUUUUUGUUUAUCUUAUCAAAUAGUAUUCAAUCUACGAAUAAUAUAGCAAUAUUUGUGUCCCCAUUCUAAAAAAUAGUGAUGAUAAUGUCUUGUUAUCGUACGUUAUUAGUUUUCGUUUUAGCAAUAAUUUGUGUGAGUACAGAAGAAGAAACUGUUCAGCGUAUGACUAAAGAAGAGAGAAUUAAUUUAAGAGAAGAAUCCCGCCAUAUGUUCUACCAUGCAUAUCAUGCAUACAUGGACAAUGCAUAUCCAGCAGAUGAAUUAAUGCCACUCAGCUGCAAGGGUAGAUUGAGAGGUGUCACACCCACUCGUGGUGAUCUGGAUGAUGUUCUGGGAAACUUUUCCUUGACAUUAGUGGACAGCUUAGAUACAUUGGCUGUGAUGGGGGAUUUCUCCGAGUUUAGUCGAGCCCUCAAACUUGUGAUAAAAGAUGUUAGCUUCGAUCAUGAUAUAGUAAUCUCCGUAUUUGAAACCAAUAUUCGGAUGCUCGGUGGAUUACUGUCGGCGCACGUGCUUGCGAUGGCACUAAAACACGACAUUCCAACCUUACAAUGGUAUAAUGGUGAACUCCUGGAUAUGGCUGAAGAUUUGGGUAGAAGACUGCUCCCAGCUUUUAACACAUCCACUAAAAUACCCCAUGGAAGAGUAAAUCUUCGUCACGGAAUAAAAGGAUUAUCAGAAUCAAGUGAAACGUGCACAGCUUGUGCUGGUACCAUGAUAUUGGAGAUGGCUGCGCUGUCUCGCUUGACUGGAAACCCUAUCUUCGAACAGAAGGCGCAUAGAGCUAUGGACGGUCUCUGGAAUAUACGACACAGGACAUCAGAUCUAAUGGGCACAGUGUUUAACAUACAUUCCGGCGACUGGGUGCGAAAGGACUCAGGGGUGGGGGCUGGAAUAGAUUCAUACUAUGAAUAUUGCCUCAAGGCGUACAUUCUGCUUGGAGACGAGAAAUACUUAGCAAGAUUCAACAGGCACUAUAAUGCAAUCAUGAAGUACAUUAGCAGAGGUCCCAUUAUGUUGGCGGUACAUAUGCACAGGCCUCAUUUGCAGUCCCGUAACUUCAUGGAUGCGUUGUUCGCAUUCUGGCCCGGGCUGCAGGUGCUGCUAGGAGACGUGCGGCCGGCCGUCGAGACCCACGAGAUGCUGUACCAGGUGAUGCAACGACAUACCUUCAUACCCGAGGCUUUCACCACCGACUUUCAGGUACACUGGGGCCAAUACCCACUGCGUCCCGAAUUCCUCGAAUCCACGUACUUCCUCCACCGCGCCACUGACGACGACCACUACCUCCAAGUCGGCAAGGCCGCCCUCAAAGCUCUCCAGCAACACGCGAGGGUUCCCUGCGGGUAUGCGGCCGUCAACGAUGUCCGAACCAGGAUACACGAAGACCGGAUGGACUCGUUCGUACUCGCUGAGACGUUCAAGUAUCUGUAUAUGCUGUUCGCUGACGACUCAGAUAUGCCUAUAAAGCUGGAAGAUUAUGUUUUUACCACGGAAGCGCACUUUCUACCGUUGUCUUUGGCGAGCGAUGGGAACGCGACCUUCUUGAACAUCAACGACUUCGAUGAGCAUAAGUACAGGAAAACGUGUCCGAGCACCACAUCCCUGGUGGCGGAGAAGGUGCGUAAGCCUCUGCGGCAGCUGCUCGGGACAACGGCGGCCCGACCCCCCGCAAGACUUCGCCCCCUCAGCGACCCCAAGCAGAUCCACACCCUGGCCAACAUGGGAAUAUCCGUGCUCACCUUGCCGGACGGGAAAGUGCAGCUCCUCUAUACUACCAACACCGCAAAGUCAUCCAAAGAAGCAGCGGAAGGACUCACGUUCAUGCGCGAAAUGUCUAAAUGGAACGCACUUGGCGAUACCGAGAACGGCGUUAAUGCAGCCGCUGUCAAAAUCAAUGAUAAAGUGUUCCCAGCCGGACCCGGCCACUUCGGCAAAGAUAUCUCCGGCGCCGAUAGAUACGUCAGCACCGCAGCCUUCGUUAUUCCCAUCGAUGCCUGCGACGAAAUCCUCAACAGCCACGCCAUUAUAGGCAAGUUUGCGAUCGCAAUUAGAGGUCAGUGCACUUUUGCGGAGAAAGUGCGAAAUAUCCAAAAAGGUGGCGCGCAGUUGGCGAUAAUUUUGGAUAACAUUCAGGGCACAACUUACGAGACAUCAGCGCUUUUCGCGAUGUCGGGAGACGGGAAGGACGACAUACAAAUUCCCGCCGUGUUCCUGUUUCUCAAGGAGAGUGAGUAUCUGAGCGAGUCGAUGCGUGUCAACCCCGACAUUGUAUUGGUUAUUGGCGAACUUAAAUCGAUGAAGAGGGAAUACGAAAAAUCUUGCGAUGAGCCUCUCUGCGGUUUGUUACAGUCGCCGAUUUCAGGUGACAAGGAAUCUUUUGACGAUCUAAAAAGAGUUCUGAGUCAGUUAAUCACUCAGUUUGAAUUGAAUUCAAACGACGAACAAAAGACAUGCAACGAGAAUACGGUACAAGAUUUCAUACCGAAAGAGUAUAUAGAAGACGUCCGUGGCCCAGAUGUAUAUCGAGGGGGAAAGGGAAAUGAAAUAGAGGACUCGACGGAGACACCUGCAAAUGAAUGCGGUGUAUUUGAUGACCAUGUAAUAGAAUCGAUUCGUUCCCUAAGUUAUUAAAUGAAAAUUUAUGUUUAUUAUAAGUGAAUAUAUAUUUAUAUAAAUAAUGUUAAGUCGAAUAAAUCCUUGAUGAAAGUAUUAAGAA